AUGGUGUAUGCGCAGAGGUCUGCCCGAAAAAGAUGCGUACCCAGCACAGGCAAUCCCUCCCACAGCCAACAACGCACAAAUCGUGAUCAACUUUGGCCUGCACGCAGAAUGUCUACCCGAUUUCGUGACAGUCUUGUAACGCUCAAUGUGUUGAACGGCUUCCACAGGAACACUGCGGUAAUCUUUGCCAUGGCCAAUGCAGCGCAGUUUGUACACAGAGCACUCCUCCGGUCACACAACCAACACAGCAAUGCGUGGCAGCUUGUCAGCCCUGCUUGCGAACCAACCUGCGUUCAAUCCGCCAACGAUGCCCAUCAAAGUUGA